CGUCGAACAGGUCUGGAAGGGCCAGGGGGCCACGAGAGAAAAGUGCCAGGGAGCGCCAAAGGAGGCACCAGAAACCCUCUGGGUGCGCAAGGGCGUCGCAAGAAGAGCCAGGAGACCCCAGGCUGCCUUCGGGAGGGCACGAGAGAACCCAGGAGACACGGGGGGCCCCCAGAGGCCCGGAGGGAGCAGAUAGGGCUUCUCGGGAGGCUCCAGGCGAGCCCAGGCAGGCCCAGAAGGUCCCAAGCGGCGGGAACCUCCAGGGGGGCCCAGAACAGGCCAGUGGGCUCGAGGACGCCCUGGGUCUCUCUGCUCAGGCAAACGAGACGCUCCCAAUGAGGGUAAGACCACAAGUUGAACUCAUACGCGCAUGAGCGGUGCAGGCGUGGAAAGAGGCAGACAGUCGCGAGACUGCAUACGCCCGACAGAACCAAAUAAGUAGAACGCUGCUCAAUGCAAGCUCGAAGUAUCACUGCGCCGACCUUGCAGACGUGCUGCAGCAGACUUGUGCGUGGAUUUCGGUCGAUGCAAAACCCUGAAACGGCGAGCGGAAAACUACUGAAUGUCACGUGUAUUGUUUGUAGUCUUUCAUUCCUGGCCCAAACAAUUCACACGAUAUGAACUUCGAAUUCCAGAACGAAAUACUCCAGGACAGUCCGGGCCAAUUCAUUGUUGUCCGAACGAAAUCCGCUCUGCGAUAUUGGCGCCAUGAUAAUGAAUCAAGCGAGCCUGCGCUCGGAGUUCGGACGCCCAUUAACAGAUCUAGACAGUGAUUCCCGGCGGCCAAACACAGCGGUGAGCGCCAAUUCGUGCUCGCUGGUGGAAAUCGUUCCUUUAUGCGCACGGUCUCCACAUGAGCGCCACAAGCAGUAGGGUCAGUACUCAGCUGAUUACGCUUUGAACAAACGUGAUGCCCCUUCCCCUGGUCCAGCAAUUGUGAAUCUCCACGCUUGCACAGGCGUCAUUCGUCGGCCACCGACUUACGAGUGCAAUACAUGCAGCGGCCGCUGAAUAGAACCGUUUCGCACCGGGGGCGCAGCGGCGAGGAAAACGAGGAGCGCCGAGCUCAUCUGAGCACACAACGCUCGAAAAAGCCUGCGAUGUGCGAGCCCGGGCGCUGAACGAUUGGCCCGCGAGAUGGCAAAAAAUGGACUGCGUGCGGACAUCGCGGGACGAAGAGUGGAGGAGGAGGACGAGAAGGAGGAGGAGGAGGCGGAGGAGGAGGAGGAGGAGGCCGGAGGCUGGAGGAGGCCGGAGGCUGGAGGCCGGAGGCGGGGUCGAGCCGUGGCCCCUACCGCGAGCUUGGCGCGGACGGAGCAGCACCGCUGGGGGGGGGGGGAGCAGGGGCACGGGCCAGGAGGCCCCCCCCGCCUCCCUGGCGCGCGGACCCCGCCUCCCUGGCGCGCGGAGUGCGGAGUACGCAGAGGGGGCGGCGCCGGAGGCGCCGCCAGGGGUUGCAGCGCAGAGCCAAGCAUGCCGCGCGGACCGCCGAGAGUCCAUGUGAAUGCAGAUUCGUUUCUUCGAGCGAGAGAGAGAGCGAGAGAGAGAGAGAGAAGUGGCGGCGAUAUCCAGAAGCUCGCAGGCGGUCUCGCCGCGGCCGAGCCGAGGCUGCCCCUGCC